ACAGGAAAGGGAACUAACGACAAAAGACUGAAAGCAAGAAGCAGUUGUUAAAAAAAAAAGCUUCCUUCAGAGCGGAACAACAAACGUCCAGCUACCUGAGGCUCCGAAAAACCGGGCAGAUUGGUGAACUCAGAGGGAGAUUUCCGAGCACACCAGUCACUGGCAAGCUGAACAUGACAUUUAAACUGAAUGAAGGACACCUACAUCCCAUGAAAUGAAUGAUAAAAGCAUGCUGUUUCCAGGCAAGGGGGCCCAGGGCAGGUGUGGAAUUCUCAGAAUGGCUCAAGGAUGUUUGAAGACACUGAAAUAUAUGCUGUUUGCGUUCAAUUUAAUAUUUUGGAUCUGUGGAUGUAUUAUCAUGGGAUUGGGAAUCUACCUGCUGAGGUUGAAUAACUUUGGAGCAUUGCUCUCCAGCCUACCAUCUCUCUCCAUAGCCAACAUCCUGAUUGUUGUGGGAACGGUCACCAUGGUGGUGGCUUUUCUGGGCUGCAUGGGAGCGAUCAAGGAAAACAAGUGCCUGUUAUUGUCAUUCUUCAUCCUGCUCCUCCUGAUCCUUCUGAUUGAAGUCACGGCUGCCAUCAUUCUCUUCUUCUAUGAAAGCCAGAUAACCAGUUACAUCGAAAAUGACAUGAAAGAUGCUUUGAAGAAUAAAAACAACACCGGAAUUUUGGAAGCUUGGGAUGGAAUCCAGAAACAGCUGCAGUGCUGUGGUGUUACUAACCACACUGACUGGGGAGACACUGUGCCAAAGUCCUGCUGUGUAAAAGAAAAUAGAAACUGCACCUAUUUCCAAAAGGGUUGCUUCAUCCAGGUCCAACAAUGGUUUGAGGCCAACUUUUUAAUUCUCGGAAUUGCUGUCAUCUGUGUGUCAAUUGUCCAGGUACUCGGCAUGUCAUUUGCUAUGACCAUGUACUGCCACAUCUGUAAUAACUACAAGUCCUAUGACAAUUGAGCUGGUGCUGUUUCUCCCAGAGAGGAAACCCCAUCAUGUGGGAUUGUAAAUGUAUCCAUGAUUGUAGGUUCUGCUCUUAUGAAGACUGACACUUUGCUCAUUUCCUGCUGCCACCUGUUAACAGAUGGUACAAGUUUCAACUGUAUGAACUGGGUCCUCCUGCGGUGCCACAUCUCUGGUACAUCUACAGCACCUGUCAAUCUCUCGCUUUGGACUUCAAUAACAGCUCUUCAAGGAAUCAAAUCAAACUGACUACUUUGCCUUCUCCUGUCUGUUUUGUUGAGGAAGUUUGGAGUUUAAUAGCCCUGCAUUUCACUGUCUUCCAGAGUAAUGGGCAGGCCCUCUCUGUCGUGGCAGGCAUCAAUGGGAAAUUCAACAACCAGAGCUCUCAAUGCUAUAUAGAAUAGACAGGAUACAGAGCACAGAAACAAGCCAGUAUUUAUGCUCCACACAAACCCCCUCCCAGCCCUCUUUAUCUCAUUCUGUCAACCAGAUUCCUUCUAUUCCUCUCCUUCACAUACUCAUCUAGAUUCCUUUUAAAAGCACCUGUACUAACUGCUCCUUCUGAUAGCAAGUUCCAAAUUCUAGCUACUCCAACCAGUAAACAAAUUGCCCUUUUGGAUUUAUUAAUGAUUGUCUUUGAUUUAUGGCUCCUAGUCUGGUCUUGACCAGAAAUGGAAACACCUUGCCUAUGCCUAUCCUAUCAGAUCCAUCCAUCAACCUAAAGUCCUCAAUCAGGUCAUCUCUCUUUUCGGCCUCUCUUUUCUAGAGAAAAGAGCCCCAGCCCAUUCAUUCCCUCCUGAUAGUUAUAACUCUCAGUUCUGAUAUCAUCCUUGUAAAUCUUUUUUCACUUCCUCCAAUGCCACUACAUCCUUUCGACAAUAUGGAGACCAGAACUGUACAGAGUGCUCCAAAGUGAUCUAACCACGGUUUUAUAGACGCUUAACAUAACUUAUCUGCUUUCCAAUCCUAUCGCAGUAUCAAUGGGCCCCAAUAUUCUUGGCCUUAUUAGCCUAUGUUGCUAGUUUUAAUGAUUUGUGUAGCCCUUCCUUUUGUUCUAUGCACCAUUUAGACUUUUGUUUUCCUUAGGGAAUAAGUUAAUUCAUCUUAUCAAAACGGGUCAUCUCACACUCUCAGAUAUUGAAUUUAAAUUGCCAUUCACCUGUCCGUUCUGGAGUUUCAUCUCCCUGAAAAUGGAAGGAGUCAGUCACUGCCAUUCGGACUUUGCUGACAGCCGCUCUUGGCUGUGGGCCAGAUACAGCCAGAGAGGAGGGUUAUAUUUGCAGGAAGUUUCCAUAUAAAUUAUCCACAUGAGUGGCUCCAAAAUGGAAAUGAUCUUUUAGGGCAGGACAGACACAGCUCUGGCAGAAUGCUGAGAUGUUAUAUUGUUGUCUUGAGUUGGCUGAUUGAAUUUGCCAACAAUUCCAACAGCGUCUGAAGGAGCUCAUUGGUUGUGAGUGCUUUGAGAUGUCCUGAUGAGGUGAAAGGCACAAGAUAAAUUCCUUGUUUUCUUCAACCUGGAGAUCUGUCUGGCCUUGUGCGUCAGCAGCUUGUCAUUGAUUGGGUUAGUACCAACAUACCCUCUAAUUGUUUUUGAAGUGUGUGGUCCAUUUGUUUAACUGUGAAGGCCCUUUAAAUAUUUUUGUAUGGCCACAUACUUGCAGUAACUUGUACAUGGCCUGUGCCGGAUCUUCCACACAAAUUGAAGAGAACGUUGGUUGGGGGACUGUAACCUAUCUAAUAAGCAGGACAUUUCUCAGCUCUAGACUGUGUUACCAACCAUGAAGGAUUGUCUUAGACUUUGAAUCUCUGGGAAGUAAAGAUUACCUCUGCAAACUAUUUGUAGCAACCCAGGAGAAAGAUUACAGGGACUUUGAAGAAAAGUGAAUUUCCAUUUGUUUGAUUAAUAAAAUAAUGAAGAUGGAGGAAGGGGCUGGGUGGGGCAGUUGAAGAUGGGCGGUCAUGUGAUGAAAUCUCCAGGAAUAUGGCAAACCAGAGUUGGCAACCCUACUCUUGAAAACUAGCCAUCUUGAAAACUUGAGAAUCCGACACUUUCCUAUGGAGUGUCUUGCACAUGAACUUUCACAAAGCUCAACAAUAGGUUCACAUUUGUCGAUCCUUCAAGCUCACUUCAACUCGGCUGUUGAUAAUAACAUUUUGAAAAUAGCUGAACAUUGCACAUUCAAAGGCAAUGAGGGGUGCUCUCCCGAUAAUGUAACUAGGGGUGAAGGGUCACCAGCCUGUCGCCACCUGGAGGUACUACCUGGAGCAUGAAUGUUCGAUGCUAGUUUGUCCCAAAGCAGUGCAUUUUGGCUGCAUUACAAAUAAUUGAGAGGUCAAUCAGUAGAAAGGCCCAUGAAGCAGCAAUAAUGGGUCAUUUCCCCAACCAAUUUUCAAAAUAGAAUUGAGGAUAAGAUGGGAGAGUACCAGAAGGAUUAGCUUUAAUGGGCUGGAUGGCCUUUUCUCAGUUUUGGCUGUUCUUGCUUUGCAGCUGUAAAGUAUUAUAAAGGAGUCUAGGUUUUAAGAAUUAAAAUACUACAGCAUAGCAGGUUAGAGGUAAGAGCUGAACUGUGUUUUCCAAAUUCUCUAUGUUUAAUAGACUGUUAAUCUAAUACAACCAAAGCCAGUUACAUCCCAAUAUUCAAUUAGAUUUUAAAAAAUGCUUCUGCUGUAGUUCCAUGGGCUGGUUGUACACAUUUAAUUGAUCCAACAGGGCUUUAGUAUUUAAAUAUGGUUUCAAAAUAAUGUGUUUCAACCACUUAAUCCCAAGUGUAGAUCAGUUUGAGAAUACAGUGGCAAUCACUCAUUUUAAUGACCUGAAUCCAAUUAGUUACACAUAGCAACAAGGCAGAAAGUGCAAAAGAUAUUAUCCAAUCCUUUGGAGAACAGCCAAUCAUGUCUUGAAAUGUCUGCUCCUACGCUUUUUGCUCACUAUUCUACGAUUCCACCUUAAGGCAGUUCUUCACGGCUGCAUGUAAUGUCACCUCUAUUCCCAGUCAGAAUGGAGAUGAUUAAGCAACUCACUAGUCAAUCAUACAGACACUGCUGUAAAUGACUGUGAUUAUAUUCUGUAACUAUCCUCUAUUCACUGCAAUUUGUUGGAGAUAGCAUCCUGCUUUUAUCAAGAGAAUUUGCUGCAAUUUCAGUCACAAGUGUCUUUCUAUUUCAUAGACGUAUUUUUCAGUUAAACUCUGUAGUCUGUUUGCUGUAGUGCACUCUUUAAACAACAGGCAUUCAAUUCUGAGGAAAUAAACUUUAUUUGCUGUAAAAA